AUGCCACCUCCAGGCAAACGUCGUAGUGUGGGGGCCGACACUACCAAACUACAGUUGCAGAGGACUCAGGCUAAACGAAGAAAGAUCAAUGGUAAUACUAACCGUAAGGAACAGAACCGACACGUAUUUGCUGGGUUUGCUGAACGUAUUAAAACUAUCAAUGCCACUGUUACUAAUAAUCACGAGUACUUGGACACACUGUCCGACGAGUCACUCCAUACAUCCUAUUUACUACAAGAAUGCCGUAGAUGGCGUUUGGAGAACAGGACAGCUGAUUUCGAUGCAGCCUUGAGGGAGUUGCUACCCUUGGUUCGCACAAUGCCUCAUAUACUCCAUCACUUGGACAAAAUAUGCAGCAUAUUCGUAAGGCAUCUCCGGAAGGAGAAAUCCCUUGCAUUAGAGCCUUUAUUGGGCAUGCUACCGGUCUUGGCCCGUGAUACGAGAGGGGAGCUCAUGCCCUACUUUGUGGAUACCAUAUUUGGUACAUUAGUGUGGCUAUUGGAGACUAGACUAGAGGAUCCUGAUGCUAUGGAGUGGAUAUUUCAAUGUAUGGGAUAUCUAUUCAAUUACAUACGGCAGUUUGCUAGCGAGAGUCUUGCCUACCUUCUACGUAGGAGUGCUAUUACUUCUUCAGAGAGGACACAGGGCUCCUUCGGGGUGGUCCUCGAGCUAUCACUCAAGUCCCCGCAGUUGAGUGAUAGUGUUGCUAUUGUUAUAACUGAGGCAUGUAAAGGUGUUGGCACUACCUUUCAUACGAAGGCAGGAUCAAUACUACAGACAAUGUUACAAUGGACAAGAUACCAUAAGGGUAAUACUCCAACUCCAGAUGAUGAAGGUGAUGAUGAUGCCUCAUCGUAUCCACUCAUGGUUAACGUAUUCAAACGUCUAUUAUUAACAUGUCAUUCUAGCUUACCGCUCCUAUUGGCUAACUUUGGUGACCUACUCCUAGAGGGUCUACCACCAGUACGGGAGGUGGAUGAAUGGGUAUGUUUGUUGGAGGUAUUCGGAACUCUAGGGAAGGCCACUACUCUCACCACUGUGGAGGAUGGUGAUGAUACAGAACACAGUUCAUCAAAGGCUACUACAAUUAUGGAUCUGGUUCGAGGUGUUAUGGAUAGUGUAGUAGAUUCCCCUAUGGAUAGUAUAAGGUUAUGCAAGGCUCUAUCGGAGGGUUAUACCUUAUUACCGUACUUCAUUGAUGCACUAGGAGAGGAAGGACGUCUAGAUGACUUAUGCGAGGAGGUAUCGCUAUCUGUCGGGGAAACACCAACGCUGGAGUUUAUAUAUGGUCUCCAUCACUCUUCACGAAGGGAUGAUGAUGAUGAUGAUAGCUGGUCUCAGCUAGUAUGCCCAAUAUGGAAUACUCUAUGUUCUGCUUUCGAUACUCUAACCCCAGAGCAGAUGCCUAAUCUAGCAGUAGCUAUGCGCUCCUUCCUUGAUCAAGUAGAGAGUGGUGACGUUAUCGACAUAUCAGCGACGCAAGGUGUAUGCAUUGCAGCGGCUAGACAUACGGCCAGCUCUUCUAGUACCACUGCCAACGACUUUGCCUAUCUGAACCUUGUGGCUGGUAUCAAGGAGAAGGAUCGCUUCGGAGAGGUAGUCUACACCCCUAAAGUGGCUAAGGCAGUGAAUAAGGCAUUAGGAAGAUUGCAUGAGUGUACGGAGCCGGCAAUCCAGGCUCUCUGUAUUCGGCUAUGUCCUCAAUCGGAAGUAGAGAAAUAUGCUGCUAUCGUUAUGAAGUCCGUGGAGUGUGGUAGUGGAUCAUUGGAAGCCCUAGGGUAUAGGGGAUGGAUACCACAUGAUGAUGAUGCUAUAGCUAGCCUCAUCAAUGCAUGUGCUGAUACUAGAGGUGCUGUAAGGGAGAGUGCUCUAUCCCUACUGUUGGGUAGAUUCCCACACUCUACACCAAUAUCCUCUGCACUAUCAAUGGAAGCUACAGGACCAUUGGGUAUCGAUACCGAGAGAGAACGUAUGAUAAGGAUAGGUCGGCUUGCUGAGUCCAUAACAACCAAUACCGAGGCCACCAAGGAGGAGAUAGCAAUAUCUGCUAAGAUACUAGUAGCUGAGUAUACAGUCCCACUGUCAACUCUAUGGCCGGCUGCUACUACUGCCUUAUCUAAGUUGGUAUCCGAUGAUCCAAAUGGUACUACUGCUGGGAAUAGACGAGGAGCAGUAUGGCAAGCCUUAAAGGAGAGUAUACAGUCUGUAUGGGCAUUGACGUCUCGACCACAAAUACAGUCUACUGGUGAUGAUGACGACGACGAGCAGAUGUCUAUCGAGGAGGGAAAAGGGUCUAUGGCUGAUAGGGCGCUUAUUAUGGCUAAGGCUGCUGAAGAUGACCGACAACUCCCUGGGCCAUCGACACGUCAUCAGCAGCUUUGUACAGCAAUUGCUGCUGUAAUAGGAGCAUCACCACACAUGAGGAAGGAGAAGAAUUUGCUGGAUUGUUUGUUAACAGUCGCCAAGGAUAGAGCAUUCAUCUGCUCUGAGGCCACGGAAGGGGAGCUCUCGAGGAUGGCUGUUGAGCAUUUGCUGGGGGACUCGAGUCUAGGGCAUAACAAGCGUAGAGCUGAUAUGGCUACUAUCGGUUUACAGAUCCUAUUACAGUCUAGGCAAUGGAGAGAUGCAUUAAAGAGGUAUAAGAAGGAGAUAUUGAUGUUAACUGAUGAUAAGACAUUUCGAGAUGGUCUCCUGAAGAUACCUCUAGGGGAAGGAGGUGAAUCAGUAGUUGAGGAGGAGGAGGGGACUAUCAAUAGGAUAGCCGAUGAGGACAGGUCCAAGGUUGUAACUGUCAUAUAUCGUAUACUACUCGGUAAGAUGUCAGCCAAGGGUGGCGGUAUAGAUAAGCAUGGUCAGACGCAGGCCACUAGGCGAGGGCAGAUCCUCACAUAUAUAGCUGGUGGUAGGGUCGAUGAACUUGGUAUAUUCCUUGAUGCUAUGGAGGCUCCUCUCAAUAGUGACCUCAGGAAGUGCUGUAUUGGGUACCUUAAGGCGUUGAAGGAUGUCCAAAAGGCUGUGGGGGUACGCCUAGGUAUGCAUGUGCCAAGGAUAGCUACACGAUUGGUAACUCUUUGGGGUGAGGUCAAAGAUGCUAACUAUGAUGCCGAGUUCACUAAUACCAUACGAAAACUAAUAGUACAGCUCCUAUGCGACCUACUAGAAAAGCAUCCUCAUGAUGCUGAUUACGGUACCUUACUAUUGCCAUUGAAGGAUGACAUUGGGGAGUGGAUGGAUGGUAUGGCCCAUGCUGGUGAGAGCAGUCUGGUUCUCAACCUAUUCCUAUCUAUAGCUAGUCAUGGUGAACUAUUCCAUCUAUUCAAGGAUCUGGCACCCAACUUCUUGUCAAUGAUAUUCGUCACCAGAGGCAACUCGGGCAAGUGCUUGAAUGAUGCAUGUCGGCUUGUUACGCUGUUAUCGAGAGGAGGCUCAGAGGCGGCAGGAUUAUUCAAGAUAGCUGAGGAUAAGCUCGCACGUCGAGGGGUGAGCUAUCAGAAGGCUACUAGGUUACGUCGAAGGAGGAUACGUAGACAGCAGGGGGAUGAUAGGGAGGAUGAGCAGGAUGAUGGUGCGGAGUUGAGGGCUCUAGAAGAGGAGUAUUCUGAUGCCUUAAAAGAGGGUGAGGGUAUUAUCAAGGAGCAUAUAGAUGAGGUAUUGCUCUCCAUUGGCAGUAGUGAACUAGGUAACGCAGAGGUCCUCAAGGCCCUCACUAUAUUAGCACCACUAUGCGAGAAGGAGGCUACAGCAUCAACGCUUGUGGAACUAUUAUGCUCACAGCUAGACACUCUGAAGGGUAGAGAUAAGAGGCCACAGGAUGUUGCCAAGGCAGCAGCAUCUAUCCUGGAUACUCUCGUCAAUGGUGGACUUUUGAAGAUGUGGACACCUCCUACUGAUGACACCACUCAUGUAUCAGGUGUACUAACAAGGGGUCUGUCAACAGUAGCGGGGCUGGGUACGCGGCAUCAGAUAGCACUGGCGCUUGCUGUUGUCUAUCGUCGUAUGGGUAGGACGGAUAAUGCUACAGAGAAGGUCUCGGGUCUAUUAGAACAGCUUACUGCUGUUAACAAGCUUGGUGGUGAACCUGAUUUCGACAAGCAAGUCGAUGGCUUGAAUCUUAUACUAGGCCCACCCUCUGAUGGUCUAUCAGCUUGGUGGUGGGUGCAGGCACCUGUUCUAAGGCAUAUGCUAUGGCAAUUACGGGAACCUACCUGUGAUUUUGGUGUUAGGAGACUCAUUGAGGAUGCCCUAUGCAAGUGUGGUAAUGAUAGGAGUGAGGACACUACGGUAUUGGCUCUAGUGAGGGGCCUCAUUAUACCCUGGACCAGAAAGCUCUUGGAUCAUCCGUCUGAAGUGGUGGUUAACAGUGGUAUCCGGAUCAUAGCUGCAUACUGCACUAAUAUGGCACCGUUUGCUGUGGCCCAAGGAUGGGAUCGAGAGCGUGGUGCUGGUAGUAGUACUAAGGAUGAGUCUGGCAGUACUUGGGCUGACCUACUGCAUGUAGAGUUGAUGCCAUUGGCUGAACAGGGUACUUUGGAUGAUCUAUUCCAUCUACAGAAGUCGAGACAGCACAAGGCUUUAGUGAGGAUACUGGCUCUUGAAGAUGAGCUCAGCAAGUCCACUAUAUCACAUCUACUACUACCAUUAGCACGAUAUCAUAUUACCAACAGCCCUGAUGACCAUAACCUUGUAGAUGUAUCAACUGGUAUCAUGAAGCUAGCAGCAAAGGACCUUAGCUGGACCAGGGUCAUCGGCAUAUUCCGAUGGCUAGGAGGUCAGCUGAAACCGGGUGGUGUGAGCCGUAAGGGUUUGAGGAAUCGUGGUAUUGGUAGACAUGGUGUGAGCCCUGAGCAGAUGGAGAAGGCCCUUUUGAAGGGUGUGUCAGCUGCCGUACAAGGGAUAUCCCAGCGGGAUGAUCUGUCGGAGAAGAUCGGCAACCUCAAGUCCACAGUACUACCAAUGCUUAGGCGUUUAGUAUAUACUAAACAAAAGGUUGAGGAUGAGGCUGGAGCCGUUGGUAAUGAGAAGCAAGCACAUCAUGGUCGUGGGGGGCAGCAGGAUGUAUUUGUUACCAUCCGUGUGAGCAUGGUAUCAGCUAUGUUAGAGGUCCUUAGUCUGAUGGAUGCUGACGUAUUCGGAAGUGAGUUUAAUAAGCUCACUGGUGUUGUGGUUGGAGGCUUACUCUCAAGAGAGUUGGAGGAUAGGAGGAAGGCUCGAGAUGCUCUAUCUCGCAUGGCAGCAGCUGCUACCAGUCUUAAGCAGAUUACCUUUAUGCUUAGGACGAUCCGUACAAGAAUGUCCCGAGGUGGUUAUCAGACUCCUGUUGCUGUAUUCACGGCCAGUAAGAUAAUAGAUUCGGCUACAUUGAAGGAUGGAGAGGGUGUAGAAUCCUUCUUGAAGGAGGUUAUGGGCAUGUAUGGUAUGGAGGAAGCUAGAUGGUUGUCAAUGCAAGGUAGGGCUGAGUCUACUCAAGGGACUGAGGAGAACCCUAUGUUGGCAAAACAAGUCUCGGAAGCAGCUAGACCAAAGGCCAAUGCCAUUCUUGAGGCUGUAGGCAAAGCCAUGCCCAUCGAGAAGGUAUUGGAUGGCCUUAUGAAACCUCUCUAUGGUCGCCUUAUCGGUACCGAGCUGGAUGAUGUCCGAGAGGGAGCAUGGUCUAGUCAGCAUGCUGGUGGUGUUGGUGGGGCUAGGUUUGCCCGUCGAGUUCGGACCUCUAUGUUGCAACUAACUACUGGUAUCCUAGCAUCUCACUCUCCUAUACAGCAAUGUCAGCGUAUACUCACACGUGCAGUUAGUGUGCUAGAGGAUAAGUGUAGCUUCGAGGAGGUAGAUCUCUUCUCCGCCAGUGCUGCUAUCAUAGACCCUGCUACCUCUGGAGAAGGGGCUAGCAAUAAUACUAGGAAAAGCAGGAAAGAGGAGGCUGUCACUGUCCUACCGGGUGCAGCCACUGGACGGGGUGCCUGGGUAGCUGAGGAAUGGAAGAAGGGCAGUGGUGCAUCCACACGACGUUAUGAUAAUACUAUACGGGGGAGUGCAGCAGCUGAAGUGGGUCUCAAGCUUUUAGAAGGUCUCUUAAAGAAGGGUAGUUCCUCAACAGCUAGCUUGCUGAGUGAUGAGGAGACCCUAAGGGGUAUACUAUCACCAAUAGCCUACUUCAUAACCGUUAGCAAGGUGGAUGAUGUCUUUGUACCAGCGGCUAGAUCCCUGAGUCGUCUCAUAUCCAGCAUGAAGUACACCUCUGUAAAGGGCGGGCCUCUUGCAUCAUCAUCAUCAUCAUCAUCAUCUAGCACUAGUGGUAACAACCCUCUACUAGACGUUCUCAGUGCUAAGGAGACGUUGGGCAUCGUGAGGAGUGUGUUGAAGAUGGUGCAGUUCUAUAGUGCUGGUGCCUCCCUCUCUAAGGAUCUAACUGUAGUCCAAGCCACACGGCAACAGUCUACUCAUAGUAGUGCAGCAUCAUCGAUAGUAGCUACCUGUACGAAAUUGUUAUGCAGCCUCCUUACUGGUACUGUUGGUAUUAUCAAAUGUAACGAGGAACUCUUAUUAGCACUAUUAGCCCAUGUUGAACUAUGUGUCAGUGAGCAUCCUAAGCUCAGGAUGAGUGCUAUGACCAUGCUACGCCGGGUGAUAAUGCCUAGGGUAUCCCCACCAAGCGAGGCCUCUACCAAGCGUACCAAAAACUCUGGUAAAGCCGGUCACUCCCAGUUGGUGGUACAACUCUAUAGCGUAUGUAAUGUAGUCCUGGAGAAUCUACUUUGUGGUGCUGGUGGUACCUAUUAUAAUGAUGAUGCUCUUGGUGCCCUCUGUGGACAGAUAGUCUCCAAAUGGCUUAUAGACUAUCCUCAUACUACACAGUCUCUAACUGCUAAGAUAGCAUCAUUGGUACGUGUAGCAGCAGCAUGUGCUAACUCACCCAAUCCUACCUGUGCUCCUCCUACUAGACGAUAUUCUAUCAAUGCUUUACACUCCUUAGCACUGCAAAUGCCGGCUGAGGUCUUGAAGGAGUUCUCGCUGAUGAUGACUCUAACCGGUUUAGCAGGGGCUGCUGGGGAGACCGAUGAUCGAUGUAGAUCUAUGCUCAGAGAGCUCGUUAAGGUAGUGGUCGAGAAGGUCCAUCUGCGAGCAACACUACGAGGUAAGGUCAUCAGUUGGAGCAAGGCUGAUCAACCCAAACUACUCGGUGCCUUUGGUGAAUUUUGUCUCACCUGUGCUGAUCCUUCCGAUGCUGGUAUCGUCCCGGUACUCCGAGAAGCUGUUAUUCGUCUAGGGCAGAUCUCCUCCCCACAACAGCUUACCUAUUGGCACACUCUGUAUGAGCUUCUUAUAGCCUUCGAGGCUGGGGGUUAUCAUAAGUCUGCUGUAUUGGAUGACACUAGUAAUGCGUUUAUGCAGCUCUCCCUUGGGCCUGCUGGAACACAAGCUCCCCACCCAUGGGUCAGGCUGGCUGCAUUACGUAUUGUUACUGAGUAUUCUAACGGUCGCAGUGAGUGGACCAUCCCAGAGUCGGCUAUUGACUCCGAGUUGCUCACUCAGUUUGGGGAUCCAAAACACAGUCCUACUACCGAUACCUACGUCCCUGAGGGGGCCAUCCCUAGGCUCACUACUGCUUGUUAUUCCCCCUUCGCUGGAGAGCAUCCUGAGGUGGCAUCUGCUACAGUGCGAGCUACUGUGGCUGUACUAUCUUGUGCACAACGCGAUCAGAACUCGAGAGUGGAAGUGGUCUCUGAGGAGGAGGAAGUAGAUGAAGAGGAGCCUGAAGAGGUGGAGAUUGAUGACACUGAUAUUGGUGACACGGAGGAGGACUCAAACCCAUUAGCUGAUGGGAAGGACGAGAAGGGUGACGACAAGACGUCCUCUGAAGAUGAUGAUGAGGCUGACUUGGAAGAUGUCGAAGGUGGUGAUAUGGGUCUACUAGUUGAGCAUGAAAAGGAUGCUGUUGAUAAUGGAGACCUUACUAUGGAACUGCCACCGGAGAGCUCAGAGAGAGUACCACCACGAUUGAGAUGGUUACUAGUACGGACCAGCUACGAGACAAGGAAACUCUUGGCUGCAUACAAGCGAAGUGGUGGUAUAGUACGUCUAGGAGCAUUACUAAAGCUAGUGUGUGCGAGUGCUGUAUUGGUGACUCCCGAUGUGCUAUGUUCGGAUGAGGCUGGGCUCUUGAAGCCGCUCUUGUCGACUCUGGUUAGGAUAUCUAGCGUUAGACCUGCUCAAGAAGGAGAGGAUCAAAUUGGUCAAGCAAGCAGUCUUACUGACUUAGCCAAGCUACGACCAUACACUGGUAUCAGGAGAGUUUGUGCUAUCGCCAAUCAGGCUGUGGAGUCUAUGGGUAAAUGGAUACGGAAGGCAGGCGGAGCGACGCUGUAUAAUAAAUGGAAUAAGGAGCUCGUUGAGAUGAGAGGAAUAGUAGUUAGAUCCCGACAGAGGCGCAAGGCGGAUGAGAAGGCUGAUGCAAUCGUCCAUCCGCAGGAGACGGCUGAGAGGAAGUUGGCUAAGAGAGCUGUGAAGGUGGAGAAGAGGAAGAGAGCUAUGAAGGAGAAGGUUCAAGAAUGGCGAGGUCUCAAACAGCGAAAGUUGUGAUUAUCAUCACUACAUCUACCAGCAGCUAUCGCAUAAUUUCCUCUACCGUAUUUACCAGAUAUCAUUGUA